AUGUCUGCACCGGCACCUGAUUAUCAGGAUCAAGUUGAGUUGGCUCUGAGACUGCGAAAUACCAUGGUUGCACCGGCAUCCAACCCCCAGGACCAAGUUGAGCUUCCUCUGCGACCGCGAAUCAACAUGACUGCUGCAUCGGCACUCAACAGUCAGGACGAACCUGAGCUGCCUCUACGGCAGCUUCCUCUUACGUUCGCGAUAGAUGUUUCGGGGAGCACACUGGGACCGAUCCUUCGGCAAGAGCAAGAUGCUAUUCGGGAAAUCUGUGGAGAUUCCAUGCCACAGGAGUUGGUGUCACAGUCAAGUAUUCUUCCUUGGUGCCACAUGGCCCUCCCACCGAUGCGUAUAGCAGACAUCGAGGAUCUCAGGUCCUCUGGCCAAACCGAUCCUGGGGCUUUGCUGAACAACCCCGCUUGCAGGUUUACACUCCAAGACGCCAGCCUAUGGUUUCUCUUGACGGACGGCCACAUCCACGAGCCACGAGUUCAGAAGUUUGCCCAUGCCACCUCCGCUGCCGGUAUUCACGGCAAAGCCUGCGUAAUUAUUCUGUUUGGAUAUCCGCAAAGCUCACCUUUCCGCUGCAAUAUCUCGGUUGGGAUGUCUGUGUUUGCCGUGGCGCCACAUUGCAUCUUUCUCUUCUCGGAUGUGAUAACUGGCAUGAUAUUCGUGCUACAAGCCAAGGGAAGUUUCUUGGAUAUACUCCCGGCAGAGAAGCGGUUUGUGCCAUUUGGGGAGGGGACGAAAUGGGCGGACCUGGUGACGAUCAGGUACGACGAUCUCAAAAGGGUCAAGGUCCCAAGACCCGCCAAAUUAUCCCGGGAUAUAGUCAUACUCCCAAACGGCGUCCAUUUUGACUUGAAUAGUAUUUAUACUGGCUCCAUAUCCGAAACUGACACACUUAACCUGCUAUCGGACUACGCAGCGUUAGAUGUGGUCAUUCUGGCCGCGGAGACAAGGGGUCAACAUGACAAAAUUCAAAAGUGGAUUUUGAACUCCCGUCGGACAAUAAAUCCGAUGAAUAAGAUCUUGCGUGAACCACGUGAAGACUUGGAUGGUGAAGCAAAAAUUGUACUUCUCACCCUUCUGACUUUUUUGGGCGGAGAUGGAUCACUCCCACGGUCUCUGUGGCAAGCGUUUCUAAAUUCGAAUAAGUCCUCAACUGCUGAGUUCAUCAAGUCAGAACUCCGUAAGCAGCAUCGACGGAAUUGGGAGCAUUUGGAAAAGAAUGUCAGAGCAGCUCGUGAUUAUUCUUCCCGGUUGGAGACGACCCUUGAGGAUGUCUUGGAAAGAUUAAGCGGAUUAACUCUACGCCAGUCUUCAAUGUCCCCAAGCGAUCUAACUCCAAUGAGCUCGCCAAAUGCAGCAGAUAUGCGAUCUAUUGGAGCCGCGCUUUCGUUUCAACAGAGAUCCAGCCCACUUGCAAAGGUUUCCGGGUCUCCAUAUGAUGAACCGAUAGACUGCGAAUGCCUGUUUUUACCAGGAUACAAAGACAGCAGAAACGUCGCUGCAGGAUGUGCAGCUCCCCAGAACUACCAAAAGUGUCCUAUAUGUGGGACUGAUCGGGCAAUACAGUGUCUUCUCCUCCAGACCCCACGCGACUACAAUGGCACACACCAUGUUCCACAGGCCAAUAGCUGUGCCGGACACCGCUAUCCAAUGGUCUUGGGUAGCUACCCCGAGACUGAUGUUAUUUUGCCUCUGUCAGCAUGUGAUGCUUGCGCUUGGUUACUGCUCCAGGUUAGAGAACUGCCCAAUGGUCAGCGUGUUGAUGCUGCGCUGCCGCUGGUCUCUCUUGCCACGGAUGUAAAUCGACGGCAAUGGGUUCGAACCCUUAACCGAGUAUAUGAACGCCGCUUUCAUGAGGGCAUCAUUCUCUAUGCCUUUCUCUCUUCUGUUUGCUUUAAGAUGGAAGACAUAUCCAAAGAGAAGGAGACCUCCUCUAGCCUGAUGGAGUGCCUUGAGUGGUGCUGCAGAGAAAUAAGCAGCCUUCCUGGCGAGCCUAUGAGGGCCGGUCUCCUACCAGCUCCAGAAUUGAUGCCGGGCGUUGUUUGUAGAUUGGUGACGUUGCAGGAGCUUUUUAUAGCAGCGUUCACUGAUUCUCACACAAACAAUUGGCUUUCAAACUUCCUACAUUAUCCUAUUGAGGGAUCCGUCGUUUUGGUCCGCAUCGCCAGUCAGAUGGAGGCCAUAGCUCCUCACAUGAUCGAGAUCUACGUGUGGAAACGGUUGCUCUACCAGAUAGCUGAACAUUACUCAGCGUUGCGCAGAGAGAAUGGGCCCAAAGAGGCUGAUUUAUCCCUCAAAACGACACUCGAACUGUUUUCAUCUUCUUACUCAAUUUCUGUGGCUCAGUUGGGUGACCAUCUUCCAUCACUGGAACAGUUUCGACGCCUAGGUAAUUAUUUUGCGCCCAUUGAGAGAACGACCAAGUAUCACGCUGCCCUGGCUGUCUUCCUGCACAUCAUGUGGAAAGUCUCAGCUCUACUCCAGGAUAACAUCCCUGAAGUGGAAUAUUAUUUUGUCACGUACAUAGAGAGCUACGGUCUCAAGGUGCAGCAGGCAGAUAACCCACUCUGCAAGGUAUUUGAUGAACCAACGCUGGUUGGAGACGGCGACGUUGAGAAGAUGAUCAAGGACGUGUACGAGUUGUGUUGA